AUGGCCUCAACAGGCGUCGAUUUCGCCCGCGAUGGCUAUGCGCAAACGGACACGCCGCCGCGCCUGGUGGACGAAGAGAAAGAGUCGUAUAUGGAGCGCCGCCGAUCAACCGGCUCGUUCAUGAAGGGCGACGCGACGCACCGGAAACUCAAACCGCGACAUAUUCAGCUGAUUGGUAUUGGUGGUACAAUUGGCACGGCGCUGUAUGUGCAGAUUGGACGUGGAUUGCUCAAUGGAGGUCCUGCGAGUUUGUUCUUGGCCUUUACCAUCUGGUGCUCGGUCAUCUUAGCGGUAACAGUUAGUAUGGCUGAGAUGGUUACUUAUUUACCCAUCUCGUCGCCAUUCAUCCGUUUCGCUGGUCGCUAUGUCGACGAUGCAUUCGGCGUAGCUGCUGGAUGGAACUUCUUCGUUUUCGAAGCGGCACUAGUCCCUUUCGAAAUCGUCGCAUGUAACGUCAUCAUCCACUACUGGAGCGACGUCGUUCCAGCGGGUGGUAUCAUCGCUAUCGUCCUAGUGCUAUACGCUCUCAUCAACGUCAUGGCAGUUCAGUGGUACGGAGAGACUGAAUUCUGGGCCGCGCUCGGCAAAGUCCUCUUGAUUAUCGGCCUCAUCAUAUUCACCUUCAUUGCCAUGUUGGGCGGCAAUCCAUUAGGCGAUCGAUACGGCUUCCGAUACUGGAAAAACCCAGGUUCCUUCGCUGAGCUCUACUACACCGGCGACCUCGGCCGCUUCCUUGGUUUCCUGCAAUGCCUGAUCCAAGCCUCCUUUACGAUCGCUGGGCCGGACUACGUCUCUAUGGCGGCUGGCGAGGCAAUCAAUCCGCGCGUUGUCAUGCCGAAGGCAUACAACGCCGUCUUCUACCGUCUUACCACAUUUUUCAUCCUCGGCUCGCUUUGCGUAGGCAUCAACGUUCCCUACAAUGACCCGACCCUGAUAGCCGCGUUCGAGAAUGGGGAGCCCGGCGCUGCAGCCUCGCCUUACGUCGUCGCUAUGAACAGACUCCAGAUUAGUGUUCUGCCGCACAUCGUCAACGCGCUCGUGCUUGCUUCUGCCUUCUCAGCUGGCAACAGCUACGUCUACUGCGCAUCACGUUCGCUCUUCGGCCUCGCGCUCGAGGGCAAAGCGCCCAAAUUCUUCACGCGCUGCACUCGGAACGGCGUCCCAAUCUACUGCGUCGCCUUCGUCCUUCUAAUUGCGCUCCUAUCCUUCCUCCAGCUGUCCGAGAACUCGGCCGUUGUGUUGCAGUGGUUCGUCAGCCUCGUUACCGCCAGCCAGCUGAUCAAUUUUACCGUCAUGUGCUACACCUUCAUCCGGUUCAAGAAGGCUUGCGAGGCCCAAGGCCUUGACAGGAAGACGUUGCCCUUCGUGGGCUUCUGGCAGCCCUAUAUUGCUUAUUACGGUCUUGUCGCUUGCUUUGUCAUGACUUUCGUGGGCGGCUAUGGCGUCUUCCUUCCUGGUCAAUGGGACGUGCCUACCUUCUUAUUCUCAUACACUAUGGUCGCUGUCUUCCCGAUCCUCUUCGUCAUCUGGAAGAUACUCAAGAAGACCAAAUUCCGGGCGCCGCACGAAGUCGAUCUCUACGAGGAUCUCGAGGAGAUCGAGGAGUACACUAGGAACUAUGUCCCGACGCCGCCAAAGUAA